GCUCCCAGCCUUUGUUCCAUCGUUUCAUCGUGACUGACAUCACCAUUCCAACCUUAGUCUUGUGUACUCGUUCGCUGUCUCCUUGAUAAUUGUACUUGUUGUUACAUCUACAUACGUUUACCACCUUGCCUCGCGUCGCGAAAAGCGACAACACAGCAUCAAAAUGUCAAGCCCCGAGGAGCAGGCCUACCAAAUAGCGCUGGCACAUGGCGCUCCAUAUCCGCCACAGGAACAGGCACUCGGGCAAACGCCCACGAUACUUCCAGAUGCGCCCAUCUGCGCGGUCUUCUUGUUCCUGUUCAUCCUGUCCGGAGCUGGGCACAUGUUCCUGCUGAAGUACAAUGCCCACAAAGGAAAGAAGUUCAUCAUCUGCGGCAUGCUGUUUGGCUUCUGCUUCACCAGAAUCUUCGCCAACUCUUGCCGGAUAGCAUGGUCAGCACAUCCCACCAAUGUUAGGAUCGGCAUAGCAUCGAUGGUAGCUGUCUACGCCGGUAUCAUCCUUCUGUUCCUGGCGAACCUCGUCUUCUCGCAGCGCAUAGUCCGCGCUCAACAUCCUCACUUUGGCUGGUCCAAGCCCUUCAGCGUCGCACUUCCAGCACUCUUCGUCAUCAUUAUCGGCACUAUUCUGACCCUAAUUGUGGCCGUUAUAUACUCGUUCUACACUCUCAACGCCGCUGCUCUGCACAGAAUCCGCGAUAUUCAGAUCUACGGCGAGACUCUCUACGCUAUUGUCGCUUUCCUACCAAUUCCAAUUGUCAGCAUCUCGUGUCUUGCACGGCGGCACCCGAAGAUCCGUGGCAUGAAGCCCAUGGAUAAGUUCGGCGACUGGUCGAUGCGCGGCAAAGUUGUCAUCGUUCUCGUCAGCGCUGUAUUCCUCAGUCUAGGAGCCUGCUGGCGCUGCGCCACGCUUUAUCUUCCCAUUAACUACACUACCGGACCGCAUCCGUGGUACUUUAGCAAAGCUUGCUUUUACCUGUUCAACUUCACCAUUGAGUGGUGCGUUGUAACAGCUUGGAUCAUCGUGCGCAUUGACAGGCGGUUCUACGUUCCGGACGGUGCUAAAGGACCGUUCUCGUACGCCGGUGGUUUUACCUUCGCUGGCGAACCUGGCAACGAGAAGUCACAACUCGGCCAAUCUCAAAGCAUGCGCCACCUCACUGGCUCGCAAGUUUCUGGCAUCAAUAACAGCCAUGUAUCGUGGGGUGGCAGCCGCAACUCGCUGGCGCGAGAGAGCCGAGUGUCAUGGGGUGGCAUCUCUCGCGAAGACGUGGCAGCCAGUUUGGCCGAGGACGGCAUCCACGUCAUGCCUUACUCCGGCUUCGGCGAAGACGAGUCUCAAGAUAUCACGGCCGCGGACGCCGGGAUUGAAGGAGUCGAGGCCGAAAUGGGCUGGGACCCAAGGAGCGGCAAGUGGGCGUUGCGCCCUGUAUCCAGCUCUGUGACUGUCAACAUGAUGAGGCCGCAGAGCAUCAAAUCGACCUACUAAAUCUGGACGUGAAAAGCACAAGUGCAACAGCGCUUGCACACGGUAUAAUCUCGCACCAGUCUUGAGCAAUCUGCGGCAGUAAUGAACCAUCUGUCCGGCGUCUAGGAGUUCGUGGCUGCCAUGGGCAAGACCACACCGUAGAUGUGGCGGGUGGACAUGACCAAGGGUGCUACAAGCUCCGACUUACGACUUUGUAUAUAUCUUUAGCGUACUUUAGCCAGUGG